UUCAAUUUUUUUCAAAUUUGCCGCUUAAAUUGGUAUCUCGGUUAAAUUGGCUCUCUGGUUCUUUUCCAUGGCACACUACAGCAGGGGUAGGCAACGCGGCGCCCGCGGGCUCCAUGGCGCCCCAGAUCGAUUUUUAAUAGUGAUGGGACGGUAUUUGAGGAACGGUAUUUUGGAGCGGUAUUUUUGAGGAGCGUACCGCUUCCACACUAUUUUAAAAUACCCGUUACAGAACGUUACUAAUAUUAGAUAUUAGUAGUGAUGGUUCGGUAUUUGAGGAACGAUAUUUUUGAGCAUUAUUAUUCUAAUGGAACGUACUAUUCGGCGCGAUUUUUAAAAUACCAGAUUCCGAACGUUAUAUUAUAUAAAGUUAUACAUAUAAGACAGUCAGGUUAAACGCCGUUAUAUUGAUAUUUGUUUAAGGCUCCCUUAAUAUAUAUAUUUUUUUCAAUUUUCGGAUAGCCUGUAAUUUUUUUAAAUUAUGAUAAUAUAUGGGAAUAUAUAAUUUUUUCUAACUUGCUACGAAACCAGCUAUGUUUUUGCUCAAGGUCACGGUAUUUUGGAACGGUAUUUUUGUGUAGCGACCGUUCUUGGAGCGCGACACGAUUAUGAGCGGUAUUCCCAUCACUAAUUUUUAAUGCGCCCUCGUUGGACUACGGCGAUAUACAGCAAGUAGUCAGUUGAGUUUAGGAUUGUGCAUAGAUUAGCAGUUUGCUAACCUUGAGCGUAUCUAAUAACACGCACGUAUUUUUUGUUAGUGUGUGAUCGUAUUUCGAAUAGACCACGCGUAGACCGUGCAUUUAAAACUACAGUAGGGCCCCGACAUUCACGACUUCAGCAUUCGCGGUUUCGUGUAUUCGCGUUUUAAACUUUGCUACCUUUUUCAACAUUCGCGUUUCGAUUAUUCGCGAAUAUGUACGCACUUUUUUCUUUAUUCAAACGGUGCGCCUGCUGUACAAGCAACCAGCUUCCCAUCACGCACAUUUGACAAUUUGUUUUGUUACGGUUUACGGGGAUUCCCUUAAUUUCGAUCGAUUUUAGUGUUUAGGUUAUGUGUUUAUUUCUGUGAUAUUUACUUGACUCAGGUUAGUAUUUCUUUAUUUUUUUUUACUCUAUAAUUUCUUAUAUCCGAUUAAUCUUAUAAACUUUUAGAAACUAUUAUUCUAUUCAACAUGGCUACAAAACGACCAGCGAACGAAAUAAACUUAAUUGCCAAACGCGCAAAGUCAGUUAUGACAUUAGAAAAAAAGAUUCAAGUUCUUGAUAUGCUGCGAGAAGGGAAAAAAGCUACCGAAGUGGGCCGUAUCUUUAGUGUAAAUGAAUCAACGAUAAGAUCUAUAAAGAAAAAAGAAAAUGAAAUCAGGAAUAGCGUAAAAAGUGGCAUCUGUUCAUCAUUAAAAGUAACAUCACAAAUUCGUGAUAUGAAUAUUGAGAAAAUGGAGAAGUCUCUUUAUAUUUGGAUUGAAGAUAACGGCCGCAGAAAUAUACCAUUAACCAGAGCUAGAUUAAUGGAUAAAGCCAAGGAUCUUUAUUGUCAUUUUUCGGGUGAUAUAAAUUAUAUUGAAGAUGACUCUAAAUUUAAAGCGAGCAGAGGAUGGUUCGAAAGAUUUAAAUCUCGAUUUAAUCUUCAUAACGUUAAGUUAUGUGGAGAAUCAGCUUCAGCUGAUCAUCAACAAGCUGCAAAAUUUCCUGAUGAAAUAAGAAAAUUAAUAGAAGAAAAAGGUUAUUGCCCUGAACAAAUCUUUAAUGCGGAUGAAACCGGACUUUAUUGGAAACAGAUGCCAACACGAACAUACAUUUCAAAAAAUGAAAAGACUGCUGCUGGAUUUAAAUCAGCUAAGGAUAGAGUCACACUUUUAUUGUGUGCAAAUUCAAGUGGAGACUUUAUUACAAAGCCAAUGUUGGUAUACCGGGCAGCUAAUCCACGUGCUUUAAAGAACAAGGACAAAGAUGCUCUUCCUGUGUAUUGGCGAGCUAAUGCAAAAGCUUGGAUGACUUCUCAUAUAUUUGUUGAAUGGUAUAAAGAGUGUUUCGUUAAAGAAGUGGAACGUUAUCUAAAAUCUAAAAAUUUAUCAUUCCGUGUUUUAUUGAUAUUGGAUAACGCAACAUCUCAUCCAGUUGAUGUUCUCAAGUUAGGUCAUCCAUGUGUGGAAGUAGUAUUUCUUCCUCCAAAUACAACAUCCUUGUUACAACCUUUAGACCAAGGUGUUAUAAAGGCUUUCAAAAGUCAUUACAUCAGGCACGCGUUUGGAUUUGUACACGAGAAAUUAGAAAACGACAGUUCCCUUUCAAUAAAAGACGUGUGGAAACUAUACAAUAUUGAACAUGCUAUUAUUAAUAUAAAAUGUGCUUUAAAUGACAUUAAAAUAUCGACUGUCAGUAAUUCAUGGAAAAAAUUGUUAAAAAAAGACACCGAAAAAUCUUCUGAAGUUGAUGAGGCAAUAGACAAAGCUGUGCUCUCUGCACGGUUGCUACCAGGAGACGAUUUUCAAAAGGUGGUAGCAGCUGAUAUAGAAUCUCUUGUCAAUGAAGAAAACGAAGAGUUAUCCAAUGCGGAUUUAGAAGCACUCCUGAUAGAGAGUGAAUCAGGAUCGGAUGAAGAUGAGGUUAUUUCUCCUUGUAAUAAAUUAUCGUUGAAAGAACUUAAUUCUUUUAUACAAGAAGCAAAUCAUCUUGCUGAAAAGAUCGUAGAAAUGGAUCCCGUAAUGGAACGUAGCAUAAAAUUUAAAAAUGGGUUAAAUACUCUUCUUGCUUCUUACAAAGAGCUUCAAAAGGAUAUGCAAAAUAAAGCUGUACAACCUACCAUACAUUCAUUUUUCAAACCAUCGUGUUCUAAAUCAGUGCCUGAACAUGUUGAUGAAAGGUUAAGUUAAUUUUUAUUUGUUUUUUUUUCUUAGUUUAUUUCUUUGAUAUUUAUUUUUGAGUUU